GUUUUAUUUUUACAUGAAACAAGAAAUUAUAAAAAAUAAUUUUUUUGUUUUUGUUAUCAUAGCAUAAAUGUUUCGUUAUUAAAGUAUUCAUCUUGGUUACAAAUUGAAUUUAACAAAUUAAAAAUGGCAAUAUAUGCAAGAAACAGAUAAUUACAAAACGUCAAACAAGCGAUAGCUAAAGAUUGUUCAACAUAAAAACACUUCUAAAGUUGAUACAAUGCUGUUUUUAAUUUAUCUUCUAAACAUAAUAAUUCUAACGCAUGCCGCAAAAAAUGUUUUAAAAAAACACGUCUUACUUGAUCCUUAUGCAGUUUGUAAUGAUGGAAGUAAAGCAAUAUACUAUAUUCAGCACAAUCCUUUACACACAAAAUGGGUACUUUUUCUUGAAGGAGGCGGGGGAUGUAGCACCGUUGUGGAAUGUCAAACAAGAUUUAAAACUAAACCUUACUUUAUGAGUUCUAAUUUAUACCCAGAGAUAAUAGAAGGAAGAAACUUGUUUAAUGAUGCUUAUUUUGACGAUCACAACAAAGUAUUAUUAAUUUAUUGUAGUAGUGAUUUUUGGCUUGGAAACCAAAAGCCGUUGUUUUUCGAUGAAAUAACUGAAAAUGCUACGCGAUUUCCAAAAAACGAAAGUGUUAAUGCGACACAAAAUUUAAACACUGAAGCAACUGAAAAUAAAACAAGCAACGUAGUUUUUGUUAAUGACACAGAAACAUUAGAUAAAUUUAUUUCAUCACCAGAGAACAACAUUCACGACAACACAUAUGAUAAUGACGGUAAUUCUAACAUCACUGAUAUUAGUGAAACAACUACACCCUCUGAAAAAAUUUUACCAACUGAAUUUGUUACAACAUUACCUGUGGUUAAUUUUUCGAUCAGUAAAAAUCAUUUUCACAAUAUUUUUUUUGAUAAAAGCCAAUUUCACAACAUUUCUGUCAAUAAAAGCCAGUCCGAUGAAGUUUCUGUCGGUAAAAAACAUUUGGAUAACAUGUCAAAUUAUACUCAAUUUAAACAUGAAAAACAAUUUGUUUUUAAUGGAAUAAAUAUUUUUAAAUCUGUGGUCAGCGAUUUAAUGAAUUAUGGUUUAAAUUUAUCGUCAGUAAUUCUGUUAGCAGGUUCAAGUGCUGGAGGUGUCGGAGCUAUAAAUCACGCUAACUAUUUAAAAAACAAAACAAAUGGAACUGUUUCUGUCUUGGUGGAUUCCUCUUGGCUUUUAAAUUACAACAAUGAUUUCAAAAGCUUGGUUUUUUCUCCUAUAAUGGAAACGGAUGGAUGUCGUGAUACAAGUAUGGGAUUUCCGUGCUGUCUGUCAAUUUCGUGCAUAAUUUCUAAAGAGCUUGUAUAUUCCAACAUCCAAAUAAUGGCUUUAAUAAGUUCGUUUGAUAUUUUAUCGAUAUUUACUUCGGGAAAAUACAACGCUAGUAUUGACUUUUCUGAUGUCAUAUCUGAAUUUCAACAGCAUAGUGGUCAACUUAAAAAUUCCUUGAAUUCGGUGAAUGCCCACAAAAGUGUGAGCUACUUGGUAACAUCUUGCAUGCAGCAUGUCUAUCUUGCUACUUCAGAUCUUUGGACUAAUGUAUACCAAUCUUUAACUGAAGAAAAUUUCCAGGGGAUUAAUUUAAAACAUGUUGUGGAUUCUAAACAUUUUCAACAAACGCAAAUCCACGGACAAAGCAUACACAAACUAUUUCUAACAUGGUAUACUGAGAUAACAAAUAAAAACGUAUCCACUAGAAACCGCAGUCUUCCUUUACGAAUAAUAGAUUCCUGCAAACAAGUGCAAUGUGAUUCUUCCUGUCCUGAAAUCUUGUUUCCUAUAAGAUAUCACGAAAAAACACCUGAGUGGCAACGUAAUUUUCUUACUACUGUAAUUGUAACUAUCAUUAUUUUAUCUUAUUUUUUCAAACUAUCAUGGAUUUUUAAUAACUGGAAACUAAAACAAACACAAUCCGCUCAUUUAGCUGAAAAUAAAAGUAAGUCAAAAGAAGAAAGCGAAAAUGCUACUUGUUUACCACCGUGCCCUCAAUACUCAUGUAUAGGAAUAUCUUGUUCUAAACUUAUAUAUAACAUUAGUUCUAAUAGCACUCCACAAAUAGAAUCUAACCGUCGAAAUCAAAAUGGUAUUAAAAUUCAAAAGACCUUAACAAAAUUGCGCCGAAAGAGUUCUCCAGGCCAAUGGCGUAAAAUUAUUAAAGGGGUCUCUGCUUACUUUAACCCAGGGCAACUUGCUGCAAUUAUGGGUCCAAGUGGGUCUGGAAAAACAACAUUAUUAGAUGUUCUCACAUCAAGAAAGAACUAUAAGGAGACAGAGAAACAUAUUUUUAUCAAUGGAUUGCCAGCAGAAGAAACUCGAGAAUGGUUUGUUAAGAACUCUGGUUAUGUUCUCCAGCUUGCUACUCCAUAUCAUGAAGAGCUGACUGUGAGACAAAAUUUAACCUACAGCGCCAUGUUGAGACUGCCAUCUAAAAUGAAGCUGAAAGAAAAAAUGUCUCGUGUUGAACAAGUUCUUGGUCAGACAGGUUUGUACAGCGUAGCUGAUGUUGUUGUUGGUGGUAGCAACUGUAAAAGUAAUGGCCUAAGUGGAGGGCAGAAACGACGUUUGUGUGUUGGAUUACAAUUGGUUGAUUUGCCUAGUGUAAUUUUUCUAGAUGAACCUACCUCAGGUUUGGACUCUGCAUCAUCAUUAGAGCUUUUAGAAAUGUUACAUAGUUUAACACUCUCAGGUCGACUUGUUGUAGUGACAAUUCAUCAACCAAGAAUUGAAAUUUUUCACAUGUUCGAUACUAUUCUUUUUUUGUGUGAUGGCCAGGCAGCUUAUUUUGGUUCUCCAUUAAUGGCACCAACCAUGAUUGCAGAAGCUUUACAGGGUUCUGGAAAAAUAUCAGAUUCUUCUAAUCCUGCGGAUACAAUUAUGGAUGUCUUAAAUAACACAGAGUUGCAAUCCAUCAUUGUUGAUUACUAUAACCAUAGUGGUGAGAUAGAGGCCAUCAAUCGAGCUAUCGCUCGUGCUAAAAGACACCCACAAAAAACACUCAGUAUGAAGUUUCAAAAACAAACAUCUAGCAUAUCCGAUCGUCUGAUUGCUCUAGAUGGAAGAAGUUCUUCAUCACAGACUUUAGCUCAAAAGCUCUACUUCCCCGUUAUAUUCAUGCUGUUUUCUUUGGCUUUAGGUACUUGUUAUUUUAAAACAAAGAAAGGAAUACUUUUGAUGUCAUGUUAUAUGGUUUUUUUGUGUGCUAGUCAACUUUUUAUGUCUUCGGUAAUACAUGCUCAUUUAAACAAGGCAUUUGCUUUGUUUUCUCUUGAAAAAGCUGAUGGUAUUGGGUUUUCUCAUGAACUGGUACUUCACGCUUUCAUUCGUAUAUUUUCUCAAUCAUCAGUUUCUUUGAUUUGUGCAUGUGUUAUAAUUCAUCUCUGUGCAUUGAAAGUAUAUGACCUUGAAAAGUUUAUUCUUACUUCAAUAAUUCACUUGCAAUUGAAUCAAGUGUGGAUUGCGCUUAUUAUAUGUAUUGCUUGUAUGACUCCAAGCUACUCUCAUUUGUUAACCCCCAUAGCCUCAGCUGUUGCUGGUUUUGCAGGAGGUUUUCUAGUUCCAGAACCACAAAUGCCUAUUUAUUACUACUGGCUAUUUUACAUCAAUCCAACACAUUGGGCUUAUGGUAGCACAAUGUUUGUUAUAAUGAAUGAUCUUACAUUUGAAUGCAGACAUAAAACAAUUUUAGAAUGCCAGGAUAGCACAGGAGCUAUGGUUCUUAAAGGAUUUGGUUUUCAUGAAAUCAAGCCUUAUCGCUCAAUGUUAGUGUUAUUAACAAUGUUAAUAUCACUUCUCAUUAUGUCUGCCCUUGUGCUAGAAAUUACUCAUGCUAAAAAGAAAUGGAAGCUUGUACUUGUAAAUAGUAUGAAAUCUUUUAAAUUGAAUUGUGUUAGUUAUUAUCAAUCAUUUCAAGAUCAUCUUAAUGAGAAGAAAAAGCGUAAAGAAGCUGAACGUCAAAGAUUAUUUGAUCUUGCUGAACAAAAAUAUACAUAUAAAAGUCCUCUUAAAGCUAACAAUGUUUCAUCUAUUGAAAACAGUAAGGAUAAUAUGCUAACAGAAAACAAUGUAAAAAAGGAAUUAGCAUCAGUUGAUGAUGUUCUUGAUGAAAGCGAUGACAGCAGUAAUGAUGAAGAUAAUUAUGAGCUAGUUGUACAAAACAAUCUUGAUGUUCAAAAAUCUAAAAAUCUUUUAAAUGGAUCAUUCACAACAUUUCUUUCAAAGUUACAAAACUUAAGUCGUUUAGGAAGUUCCUCUGAAGUUAAAAUUGAUACGAAAGUGAAUUUUCGACCAAAAAAUUCUAAAAGUAAUCGAGUUGGGAGGAAAACUUUUAGUGAUGUAGUUUCAAUACAAAACACAGAACAAAAAGAUAACUUAAGACAUGCCUCAAUAUCAAGUGAGCCUUUGAACUUCCAAAAUAACUCUCCGAAUGUAUCAGAGCUUGAAAAGAAAAACAUUCUAGAUAAUGACCUGCAAAAAGUAAGCUCUAUCCAAGAGGCUUUUAAUCAAAACAGUCUGCUAAUACCACAAUCAGAAAACGAUCAGGGAAAUGCAUUUCAAAAAACCUUACAACUCAUUUCUCAUGGAUCUUUACUUCAUGAUAAGGAAAAAAAUACAGAUAAUGUUUCCCCACCUGAUAUAGUUAUUGACAUUGAAGCUUAUUCAGAAGCUGAAUAUCUGUCUGUAGUUAAAACAGAAGAAAUCAAAGAUUAUAUACCAACAGUUGAAACAGAAGAAAAUAAACAUUGUUUGGUAACAGCUAAAACAGAAGAAAACAAACGUGUGAAACCAAAAAAAAAAAAACGCGAUCCCAGAAGUGUAAGUAAAUCGGUAGACACAUGGUCAAAAUAUUUGGACACAACUUCCAGGCAACAUGAGGUUUAUUGUGCAUUGAGUUCAGUAAAGAGAAGAUUAAAAAAUAGUAAGAAGGCCAAUGAUAAUACAGAAAGAGAGUCAAUUGUUGCAAAAGAAAAAAUUUUAGAGCGCACUCCUUCUUAUGCUAAACGAGAUGGAACUCUUCAAAGGAAGGCCUCUUUACUUAUUCUUAGAGAAAAACAAAUGAGUAUGAGAUCCCAGCUUCACGAGUUCCAGCAACAAUUGUCUCAUGAUGGCAGUAUUUCUCCUGUGACAGAAAAACAAAUGCAAUUAUUAUCAACUCAACACAAGUACAGGCGUCUAAAUAAUCCAUAUGACAACAAAAGUCCAGUAGAUGAAAUGUCACAAGAGUCUGUUAAGAGCAGCCGUCGUGAAUUUAUUGAAAGGUUAAGUCUGUUAUCUAGUGCUAGAUCCAGUAAUGUAACUAGUUUAAGUGAAAGUAAGCGUAGUACAUAUGAUGGAGCAAGAAUAAGCUAUUCUGUGGAUACUAAUGCAGAUAAAGAACCAAAUGCAAGUUUAUACGAAGACAACGCUUAUGAGGAUCGAGAAGAUAACAGCAGGAGACCAUAUUCAUUUUUUUCUAAUGAAAUUAAGUGUCGUGAAAAUGAUCCGCUGCUUCCUGAUGAGCGUGCUUUAGUUGAAGGUCUUUUAAACAAAUAUGCUCACUUGGAAACAUCAAUUAGAGACAGAAUUUCUUCCCAACAAGAUAGUCCUUCUGUUCCUUCUAGAUUAACUUUUUCAUCAGGAGUAAAAAUUAAAGGGCUUUCGCCGAACCAUUCACGCAAAACUAGCCGUGUCGAAAGAAGUUCUUCUUCUAGCUUCAAUCGAACUGAGCCAAACUCAGAAGCAUUAGCAAUGUCUAAACUUGAAGAAGAAGACGAUGAAACUAGGCAACAAGGACUUAAAACAAUCAAUAACAAUGUGGCAAGUGAAAAUCUUACUGAUGAUAACGUAUUCCAAAAUAAUGUUUCUGAAAAACCGUUACACAAGAGUUUGAGCGUACCGUCAACAACUAAUAGUUCUGAUAUAAACACACCAUUAAGUAAUCGAAAAAAUAUGUUAACUUUACCUGUGAAGCCGCCAGUUCAAAAUGAAACAGUUCGUAAAAUUUCCAUUACUGUAAAAUCAAUAGCAAGACCAGAAAAACCAAGUGAAGCUUUCGAAAGUUCAUAUAACCAAUCAAGUAGCGAGUACGAUGAAGAAGAUUCAAACUGUCAAACAGAAUCACCAAAAUUAUCAGAACUAAAACAGGAAGAAAUGCUCCGCUUGUAUAAAAAAGAAAACUAUUUUAUAGAUCGAAACGAGAAAGGUAAUAAAAAGAAAACAAGAGAAUCCAUUAUUCCCGAAACUGAUUACGAUUCAGGAUCUACAAGUAGUGAUUACGAAGAAAACUUUAUUAAAACGGAUGAAGGAUUUAUUAUACCUGAUGAUACAAUUAACAAAGUGAUUGCCAGUUCCACAUCAUGUAGUAAUAAAUUGGGAAGAAGACGAGGAAGUCAAAGUCAACAAAAUGAAAUCGAAAAAAUGUUUAAAAAAGAUAACUAUCUUAAAGAUAGGUCGAGGGGAAUCAAAAUGCCUAUUGGUUCAGCCGGAAAGGUCAAUCAGUUGCUAUCAAAAUUUGAAAACAACAAGAACACAAGAACAAAUUUAACUUCUAACAAAACUCGUAGAAGUUUAGAAAAACUUAACGAAAAACGUGCUACGGGAAAACAAAGAACUUUUUUUAAAGUUUUAAAAACGCCGAAAACGACAUACUGUAGCUCCUCGUCCAGCGACGACGAGAAAGUAGAGAACACUAGAAAUUCGUUUAAACAAAGGCGAUCAAGGAAAAUUAGUGAUCAUCUUGAAAACAUUAACGAGUGAAAAGCUACCUUAGUUGUUAGUUAUUCAAAAAAAAAAAAAAUAUUUGCA